AUGACCUCAUCAUCGACCGUAUGUAUGGGACAGUACCUCUUCCAGAGGAUCAAACAGCUUGGGACACAACAUAUUCUGGGAGUUCCUGGAGAUUUCAAUCUCACCCUCCUAGAUGAAAUCUACAAUGUGUCGGGAUUGAAGUGGAUCGGCUGCUGCAACGAACUCAAUGGCGCCUAUGCUGCUGAUGGCUACACGAGGAUCAAGGGCUCCCCGGCUGUGCUCGUGACAACCUAUGCUGUUGGCGAGUUGUCGGCUAUGAAUGGCGUUGCUGGCGCCUACGCAGAGCACGCUGGUAUGAUCCACAUUGUGGGCAUGCCGGCAAGGUCAAUGCAAAAAGCGCGAGCCAUGCUUCACCACACCAUGAAAGCCAACAUGGACCACGCAAUCUAUAUCCAGAUGGCCGAACCGAUCCGCGAAACCCACGCCUACCUGAUGGACGACAAUACAAUGGCGGAGGAAAUUGACAGGACCCUCAUUGCAUGCCUGCGAAGUCGACUCCCUGUCUACAUCUAUGUCCCUGUCGAUUCAGUAUCAGUCGCGCUCGACGCAAAGCGACUUGAGACACCCCUAGAUACGAGCGUGCAGAACAAAGACGGCAAGAUUGAAGAUGAGAUUGUCAGCAGCAUCCUCUCCGUGGUAGAGAAGGCUACCAGCCCCGCCAUAUUAGCCGAUAUCAUUGGUGUGCGGCACGGCGGACGCGAGUUGAUCAGGAAGCUGGCCGAACUGACGCAGUUCCCGUCUUACUCGACGCCUCUGUCGAAGGGAGUGAUUGACGAGACCAAACCCUAUUACAACGGUCUUUACAACGGAAAAGUAUCGUUCCCAGGAGUCGCCGAUAGCAUUGAAGCCUCCGAUCUCGUUCUCAACAUCGGCCCGCUUCCGUCGGACUCAAAUACAGGAGGCUUCACAAGAGAGAUUAAAGAUGAGCACCUCGUUUGGCUGGGACAUGACUUCUGCAAAGUGCAAGGUCAAACCUUUGACGGCGUCCAUUUCCUCCCCGUUCUGAAAAAGCUGGUCGCAGCCUUGGAAGCCGACCCGCAAAAGUUCAACCUCCCAAGGCCGCAGAAAGCGCCCAGAGUAGAUGUACCUGUGUUGCUCGAUCAGAAGUCCGGACAGAUCAAGCAGGCUUAUGUCUGGCAAAGACUCGGACGCUUCCUUCACGAGAAUGAUAUCCUACUGGUGGAAUCCGGCACAGCACAAUUCGGCAUGCCUGACGCGACCUUCCCUCCCGACGUCAAAUACAUCACCCAGACGUUCUGGUCAUCUAUCGGCUUCACGGUUGGUGCCUGCUUCGGGGCGUUGCUUGCCGCCAAGGAGAUGAAUCAUACCGGCAGAGUGGUCCUGAUUGUCGGCGAAGGCAGCCUGCAAAUGACAGUGCAGGAGAUCGGAUCAUACAUUCGGUAUGGACUCAAGCCCAUCAUCUUUGUCAUCAACAACAACGGCUACGCCAUCGAGAGGGCCAUCCACGGCCCGGAGCAAGGAUACAACGACGUGAGCACGAUGUGGGACUACCAGAAGAUGCUAGAAUUCUUUGGCGCCAGGCAAGAUCUCGGCAUCAAGACAAAGAGUCGAGCGACAAGGACAGUGGAAGAGCUGGAGGCAGUCUUGAACGACGACGAGUUUGCUAGUGGGGACACUUAUCAGCUGUGUGAAAUCGUCAUGGACACGUUUGACUAUCCAUGGAGACUCAGUGAGCAGAUCUCCGUGACAAGAGAGAAAAUGAAGCGAGCAGCGGCGCAACAGACCGCACCUACAGGUGAAGUAUGA